GUGGUGCUAUCGACUGGCAAAGUGGCCAGCUGCGCUACCUUUGUUGUUGUUAGGUGUAAAUAUUAAUGUGUCAAAGAGCUUGGAUUUUUGGAAAAUGGGGAAGGAAUUUAUCGAUUUAUGACUCCUCUAGUUCGACGCUUUGGCACUUUAUGUGAAAAGUGAAGUUCGAGUCUGUGCGCAAUCGGUCGCCUUGACCCACCGGUCCCCUCGACAGCCACUUGAGUUGAUGUGAGAGCGAUGCACCUGCUGCACCUUACACCUGCGACUUGAACAACUGUGGCAUAAUAUUAUCUGACUCCUGGCUCGAAAAUGGAGAACAUUGGCAUUCACUACACUCGCAUUAAAAGCAAUUGCUUAGCAGAUACGAUAUUUGAUCCAGUGACACAGCACAUGAAAGCUUGGCACAUUUAUCAGCAUGAAAUGAAAAUACAUAGAGCGAAACCGAGAGAGAAGUGCCAUGUUAAUCCAGGGAGAGAGGCUGCUUUGGCAAAGAAUGGUUGUGUACCUUCAAUUACACCACCUUUGCGCAGCUUUAGCAGACUAAGCUUGCGAGCAACUAAUAGAAGCUCACCAGCUUCAAUGAAGAGUCAACAGUCAGCCAAGCCGAAAUGUAAAGUUAUCUCUUUUUCAUCACAUUUAGAGAGCCACAAAAAACAUGGAGAUUUCAUCAGUGAAAUGACAUUCAAACCUAAAAUCCUUGCUACUCCAAUUCCGUCAAAAUUAAAACAAUCUCGCAACUAUCAACCACCUAAGAAAAAAUCUCAUGCCAAAUCCAGACCUGGCUCUGCAAUUUCUUCAAAUUCAAAUGGAUCCGAGAAACAGGAUAAUAAUAGGAAUGUGCAGGAGACUUGGUCGAGGAGCAGAUUAGAGAGUUCUUCGUCCUCAUCUACUGGUUGCGAUUCGGCUUACGAAGCUGGAGGUUCUAUUGAAGGUUUAAGCCCACAGUCAAGAGGAUCAACUCCUCAGCCUGAAGAUGAAUAUCAACGCCCAAAAGUCAUAAGCAAAGACGAUGAACUAUCGAGAAUUGUUGGAGAAGAGAUUGAGGAAGCUAUCGAGGAAAUUAUUGAGAGACCGAACACUCCAAUUAAUCUAAUGGAGAGAAACGAAGACCUUGAUUACAUAUUGUUUGAGCACGACAUGAUGAGUGAAAUUGCAUUGACUGGUGUUGUGACCAAUUUAAGUGUUAGGGAGCUUUGCAAAUCAUUUGCCUCCACAAGAGGGAAGUCACUUGAAGACUCCAAGGUAAAUGAAAUCAUCAAUAGAGUACAAGAAACACUUGGUAUACCUGAUAAUGAGAGCCUCGAUUAUUUAGAUUUUGGUUUUUCCAACAACCCCAAAUUUUAGAGCUAACUGAAAUGAGUAGCAAUCAUUGUGAUAAUCAGUCAAUAUAAUAUAUGAAAAACAAAUAUUUUUUAUUGUGACGUCUUAUGCACUUAUAUGGACUUUCAUUGCUUUAAGUUAACACUAAUCACAAUAGAAGUUAAAUGUUAUGCUUAUUUUUUAAAUGACACAACCAAAGUUUUCUAUUGAACUUGUAUUUUAUUGAUUUUCAAAAAUACACCUUCUAUGCUAUGGUAAUUGCCGAUAUUCAUGAAAAAUAGCACUGCAAAUAAAAACAAUAAAAUGAUGAUCUCUAAAAAAAAAAAAAAACAGAAAAUUAUUU